UUCCCUAUAAAUCAUAUAUAUUUAUACACACGCAAGAGUCUCCUGCAAGAAUCCAGAAACAAUAACACCUCUGUUCACCUUUCCCUUCUUUCUCUCUCCUCUCUCCUCUCUCUGGAACGAGUUAUGGUAUUUGUCUUUCAUUUCACACAACUGGUUCUGCUUUGGACCCAUGGAUUCUGAUCGUCCCAGAAACUCUACCUUGUUUCACUCUCGCUUCUUUCUCUUCGGUUUCUAUUGCUGGGAUUGGGAGUUCCUAACCGCUCUCCUCCUCUUUAGUUCCUCUUCCUAAUCCUCCACCUUUUUUUCUGUUUUUUUUUUAUUAGUACUACAUCCACCAGGUGAUAAACCAAACAAAGGAGGCAUAGUUUUUAUUUUUAUUUUCAUUUUAUAAAAAAGUUGUGAGGUAGGUGAGGGGUAGAUCGGGAAGGAAUGUCACAGCGUUCGACCCCGGCGCCGUUUUUGACGAAGACGUAUUUGCUGGUGGACGACCCUGCCACCGACGACGUUAUUUCGUGGAGCGAAACGGGAAACACUUUUGUCGUUUGGAAACACGCCGAUUUCGCUAUGGAUUUGCUUCCCAAAUACUUCAAACACAACAAUUUCUCCAGCUUCGUCCGCCAACUCAACACCUAUGGGUUCCGAAAGAUCGUUCCCGACAAAUGGGAAUUCGCCAACGAGUGUUUCAAGCGAGGGCAGAAGGAGCUCCUCACCGAGAUCAAGCGGCGGAAGACGGUGAUGCAAUCUCCGGCGACCGGAAAAUCCGGCGGAGGGAACAUCUCAGCGUCGCACUCCGGCGGCGACGACAUGGGUUCGACGUCGACGGGAUCGGUGGAGGGUGCAACGACGACCCAGUGCGCGGAUUUAACGGGCGAGAAUGAGAAAUUGAAGAAGGACAACGAGAAAUUGAGCGGCGAGCUGGCGCGCGCGAAGAAGCAGUGCAACGAGCUGGUGUCGUUUCUGAGGGAGUCACUGAACGUGUGCCCCGAUGUGAUCAACCGCAUCACUCGGCAAGGAACGUGUGGGUCCAGCGACGAUGCGGUGCGUUUUGAAUGUAGUGGUGAUGAUGACGACGAAAAUGCGGUAGGUGAGUAUGAAGGCAAAGUGGAUGAUGAGAGCGGUGGAGAAAGUUUGAAACUGUUCGGUGUUUGGUUGAAGGGCGAAAAUGGGAAUGAAAAAGAAAAGGUGAAGAUUGGUAGUAACUGCCGCAAGAGAGGGCGCGAUGACCCUAUCAAGGAGCUGAAAACCCUUGUCUAGGACACAUCAUAAGGUUGCUCUGCUUGCUAUUUUAAGACAUUAUAGUGAGAUCUAGAAUCCUCUCUCUCGGUCAUCAUGGAACAUGUAUGGCUUUCAGUUGUUUUUUAGUUUUUUAAUAUAUAAAAUGGCAGUUGUUAA